AUGAAGCAGCAGCUUCAUCGUACAUGCAUGGCAAUGGACCGUCCUCAAAGAACGGCUGCAGGCGCAGCCGCCGCAAGCUCAUCCUCCCCGAGUGAUCAAGGCUCCGGCGAUGUCGGCACCUCCUCGCAACACUCGUCGAUGCACAACAACCCCGCAAAGAAGACCACCGGUCGCCAGAAGAAGUGGGCUGUCAAGGUACGGACUGGGUGCCUCACAUGCCGCGCUCGCCGCAUCAAGUGCGACGAGGCAAAGCCAGACUGCCAGCGCUGCCUCAAGAGCGGCCACACGUGCCGCGGCUACUCUGUCGCCGCGCCGGCGCAGCAGAAACGCCCGUUUCAGUUGGCCGUGGCGAUUGCGCCCGACAUUGCCAGAGAGUACCAAAAGGGUCAUGCCACGAGGUUUGGUCCUGUCGAGGCACACAGCCAAACGCUGCCUCGCCGCGUGCGCGAGGCCGAACCCCCCGACUGGGACUAUAUCGAGUCUUUUCGCUACUUCUACUCGGUGAUCCAGCCACAUCGCCAUCAGGAUCUCGACGCCGGCCAUGACCAGCAUCUGCCCUCGGCGCGCACCAGCGUCCGCCCCAACUUCAUCGUCUCGAUCCUCUCGCACCGCAUCCUCACCGCAGCCAAGACGGGCGGGCGCGGCAUGAGGCCCGCCGGCGAGGACCCGACGCUGACGGGCGCCUGGGAGAGCUACUUUCGCUACGUCCUGCAGGUAAUUGACAUUGUCAACGAGUGCAUCAGCGACAAGGGGCCCUACGGCGGCUACCGGGGCACCUUUAGCCGAAUCGUCGAUCUCGUCGCGCUGGAGCUGGAGCUGCAGGGCGUGGCGUGGCGCGCGCACAUGGAGGGCUUCCUGGCCUUUUUGGAGCACUACGGCGGCGUGCAAGAGGUGCUGCGCAGACCGCGGCCGCCAUUCUAUCAGUUUCAGUUUCUGUUUGUGUAA